AUGAGUCAAAUUAUUCCUGAAUUUAAUCCAUCCAUUCCUCCUCCUGCUCUUCCUUUGAAGCCUGAGAAUUUAAUACCAAAAACACUUUUCCCUGAACAACUUCUUUGGAAACUAUUGAAAGGGAAAACUGUUCUCCAAUAUCACCUUUGCUUUGAAUGUCAAAAUCGACUGUUCAAUUCAAAAGAUAAAGUAAUGCGAAAUGGUGAAAGAGUGGUUAUCAAAAUCGAACUUUGCGACGACUGUGUCAAAGAAAAUUGUAAUGCAACUGAUUUGCUAUCAAACAAGAGAAAGAAAAUAGAAAAGAAAAAUUGA